UUGGAUAGCUGGGUUUGUCAUUCACUCUGGUGUGUCUUCUUUAGGCUCUCCACCUAAGCUCUGCCUUGUUCUUUUGUCAUUCUUUCAUUUCAGGAACCUUGCUUGCUAGCCUGCCUGUUACUAUUUGUUUCUCUGGAAGAUCUGCAGAAUAAGGUGUCUUUUCCUUCAUUAGAAAAAAAACACCCACGAAUCAGAGAUUUCUGAUUUCUGCGUGGUUUCAGCUUCUGGGUAUGUUGAUUUGUGUCUAAAUUGGACCUGAAAAUGGUGUAGAUAUGAGUUGUGAUGAAUUGUUAUCCUAAGCAAAAAUUUUCAUGAGGGUUUUGUUCUGCAAGAUCCACUGUCCUUUCAUUUGCUUCUGCAAAUCCUCUUCUCACAUAUACGCUCCUGGGCCAUUGAAAUUGGAAAACACCCGGCGUCAACAUCAUGUGCCUUCAUCCACAGUUGAUGCCUCUGAUCAGUUAUCUGUUCAUACUGUUGAGGUCAGGGAAGAAGAUGGGAAGCAACGAGAUGGGAACUUGCUCAGAAGCAGUUUGAGAAAGGCACAGCCUUCGGAGGAUGGUGCUGUGAAAGAGGUCUCACAGAAGAAAGUACAAUGGAUGGAUUUUUUAGGACAAGAGCUUGUUGAGAUAAAAGAAUUUGAAUCCAGUGAAACUGAAGAUGCUAACAAUGAAGUGGAGGAGAGUAGAGGUUGUCUCUGCACUAUUCUUUGACCCAGCUCCAUCAGUUUAUCCGCAUGCAAAUUCUUAUGGCGGCAAGAAAAGAGCUAAUGACUUCAUUCCAUUCAUUCAAUGUGUUUGGAUCUAGAGAAGGGCUUCGAGUGAAUUGUGGUGUCGAUCUUCCUUUAUUUUAGCCCUUGUUCACCAGCUUCCACACCAAGAGUUUUCUGUGGCGAUUCUGUUUAGCAAACAGUUGUUUUUUCCUUGGAAGAUUUUGAAGCUAUUGUUUCUUUUUCCCUUACACUAGUAUAGUGAUUCUUCGACUGAUUACAAAACCUCAUACCAGGUCUGACACUUUUUCUAGUAAAUAUAUUGCUCAAUCAGUUGCAAAACUUCUGUAUUUUAGGAACCAUGUUUGAAUAAUGGUAAUACAAACCUUCAGGCUUCAGAUUAGCCAUUUAAGUAAAA